UAUUUAUCAUAUCUCAACAAAUCAUCAAAAUGGAUUCAACUAUCAUAAAAGAAGCUCAAAAGAAUCACCCAUUGACACCUAACUAUAAGUACGCUUAUGGUACAGCAGGAUUUCGUGAUAAUGCAAAGGUUUUAGAUAGUGUUUUCUUUAGUGUAGGACUUUUAGCAGUUCUGAGAAGUAAAAAGUUGGACGGACAAACGAUUGGAGUGAUGAUUACUGCUAGUCAUAACCCAGAAGAAGAUAAUGGUGUAAAACUCAUCGAUCCUCAAGGAGAGAUGUUAAACUCAUCAUGGGAAUCACAUGCCACUUCAUUAGCCAAUUCAUCAAACCAUUUCAAAACACUUGAAGAAAUCAUCAAAGUUGAAUCAAUCGAUCUUAAAAAACCUGCCAAGAUCAUUUAUGGUCAUGAUACUAGACCUUCUUGUGCUUCAUUAAUCAAAGCUUUUAGGGAUGGAAUUGAUUGUUUAUCAAAAACGGGUGAAUUUGAAGUUAUCGAAGGUGGUUUAAAGACCACUCCUCAAUUACAUUAUCUUGUGAAAUGUUGGAAUGAUGGUGGUGUUUAUGGUCAUCCAUCUGAAGAAGGAUAUUAUCAAAAAUUAUCAAAUGCUUUCAAUGAAAUCAACGCACGAAAAUCUACUUUACCAACUCUCACCGUCGAUUGUGCAAAUGGAGUAGGAGCACCAAAACUUGAAGCACUUCAACCAUAUCUUUCUACCUCUCCACUCUCAUUUCAACUGAUCAACACCGAGAUCCAUACCUUAGGAAAAUUAAACAAAUCAUGUGGAGCCGAUUAUGUCAAGACCACUCAAUCUGCACCACCGGUGAUGAAACUAGAACCAUUUCAACGAGUCUGUAGUUUUGAUGGAGAUGCAGAUCGGAUUGUUUAUUAUUAUUCGAAUGGAGAUCGGUUUAGAUUAAUGGAUGGUGAUAAGAUCGCUAGCCUUGUGGCUGGAUAUGUGAAAGAUCUGAUCGGAUUGGAAGAUCAAGAAAUCCAAUCGAAGGCUCGAAUCGGAGUGGUUCAAACGGCUUAUGCUAAUGGGAAUUCGACGCGUUAUAUUACUGAAACAUUGGGAUUCCCUGUGACUUGUACACCUACCGGAGUCAAAUACCUUCAUCAUGCAGCUCAAGAAUACGAUAUCGGAAUUUAUUUUGAAGCCAAUGGACAUGGGACAGUGAUCUUCAAACCGGAUUUUUUAAAAACCUUACCAUCUACUUCAAAUCUAUCAAAACUAGCGAAUCUCAUCAAUCAAACUGUAGGAGAUUCGAUCAGUGAUAUGUUAUUAGUAGAAACCAUCUUAUUACAAAAAGAAUGGGGUAUGAAAGAAUGGGAUGAAGGAUAUGAAGAAUUACCUAAUAGAUUAGUGAAGGUUUUGGUCACUGAUCGGAAUGCGUUUAAAACGAUUGAUGCUGAAAGAAAAUUAUUAGAACCUAAUGAAAUGCAAAUCAAGUUAGAUCAGAUUGUAGAAAAGUUUAGGUUGGGUAGAUCGUUUAUUAGACCUAGUGGUACUGAAGAUUGUGUAAGAGUUUAUGCUGAAGCUGAAACUCGUGAAAUGACGGAUGAAUUGGCAUUUAAAGUAGCUGGAAUGGUAUUUGAUUAUUCUGGAAAAGGAGAGAAACCUAAGGAAUUUCUUUAAUGAUUCUUCUUCUUUUGAUCUUUGUUAAGCAUGUUACUAUUUAUCUCCUGUGUCGUUUUUCUCUUAAUGGUUUUUAUUUCAAAGAUCUUGGUCUUUGUCAUUACAGACAAUCCACAGUAUUUUUUGAAGUUCGAAGGGUAUAUAUCAUUUAAAAGAAUGUAAUUUUAUUUAUUAUUUUGUGAUCAUUC